CCAGCCCGCACCCCCCCACGCACCCUCCCGCACCCCCCCCCGGUGCGGCCCGGCAGCACGGCGGCCGCUGCGGAAGGAGCCCGGGGGCUGCUGAGCGUGGACCGAGGCCCGGCGGGGCUCCCGGCGACGCCGCCAGCGGGGCAGGGGGCGGGAAGGACCCGGGACCCUUCCACCGGCCGCUGAGGUCAGAUGUUCCCAUCGGUCGUGAAGAGGAGCGGAGCUGGGACCUGCUAAGUGCUGAUCUGCUUGUGCUCUGGACCAUGGACUCAUUGAGGGUGUCCCAGGUGUGAAAAUGUCCAGCAGUAACCGGGAGUUAGUGAUUGACUUUGUUUCCUACAAGCUCUCGCAGAAGGGAUACAGCUGGAGUCAGCUGGAGGAGGAGGAUGAGAACAGGACUGACUUUGCAGCAGAGGAGGCCGAGAUGGACGGCGUCCUCAACGGGAGCCCCUCCUGGCACCCGCCCGCCAGCCACAUAGUGAACGGAGCCGCCGUGCACCGGAGCAGCCUCGAAGUCCAUGAAAUCGUUCAAGCAGCCGAUGUGAGGCAGGCGCUGAGAGAGGCGGGGAAUGAGUUUGAGUUGAGGUACCGGCGGGCUUUCAGCGACCUCACCUCCCAGCUCCACAUCACCCCCGGCACGGCGUAUCAGAGCUUUGAGCAAGUAGUGAACGAACUCUUCCGCGACGGAGUGAACUGGGGUCGCAUCGUGGCUUUCUUCUCCUUCGGAGGAGCCUUGUGUGUGGAGAGCGUUGACAAGGAGAUGCGGGUAUUGGUGAGACGCAUUGUAUCUUGGAUGACCACGUACUUGACCGACCACCUAGAUCCCUGGAUCCAGGAGAAUGGCGGAUGGGAGCGGUUUGUGGACCUCUACGGGAACGAUGCUGCUGCCGAGGUGAGGAAGGGCCAGGAGACCUUCAACAAAUGGCUCCUGACCGGGGCGACGGUGGCAGGAGUGCUUCUGCUGGGAUCCCUGCUGAGCCGCAAGUGACCCGCCGCCGAGUUCCGCCCCCCCCCCCCCCCCCGUCGCCAGGACGGCUGCGCCUUCACCGCCACAUCCACUACACUCCGCUCCCCAGCGCCGGCACCGGUGCGGGGGCCGUGCCCGGGGGGGGGGUAGGGGGGCAGCCCCUCCGCCUCCCAGCCGAGCCUCCCGCUCCACGGAGCUUUCUCCCUCGUGCCGCCAGCUCCUUUUAUUGUAGCCUGUCUUAUUUACCGUUCCGUUGUGUUUUAAAGGCGCUGAGACCAAUGCAGCACUUCAGCCGACAGCUCCCAGCGCUGGGGGGAUCCAGGCAGCUGGGGGCUUGGGGGGGGGGGGGGGGGUUGGGGAAAGUACUGGCUAGAAGGUGUCCCAGCACUGCAGGGUCCUCUACAUCACUUUGAAGAGAAUAAACAGACUUAUUUUUGCA